AUGCAGAAGACAGUUGAGUUGGAAGAACAGGCCCGUCGCGAUGCUGAGGCGGAACGUCUCCGGCAGGAAGAGGAGGAGCGCCUAGAACGUGAAAAACUUGCCAAUCCACCGCCGCCACCACCACCUCCGAGCGAACCUCCAGUGCAGACUGAAACUGAAACACCACCCCCAGCUCCGGAGCCGAGCCCAUCACCAGAGCAGACUGAGGAGUCUUCUUCUAGCCCGACUACUGAACAUAACGAGCCCUUGGAGGAGCCUCUAGAUCCCUCGGAGUCGCCUGAGGACAAGGAUGAGGAUCAUGAAGAGCACCCCGGGUAG